CAAUCAUCAGUAAUUAUUUUUUUUUCAAAAAUCAAUUCAAUAUUUGGUCUGUUUUUGUUGGAUUUUACAGGAUAAAUUUGCCUGGAUUAAAGUAAUGGGUAAAAAACGUGCUUGUAUUAUUGGUUCGGGUAAUUGGGGUUCAGCUAUAGCAAAAAUUGUUGGAAAAAAUGCACAAAAAUAUCCACAAUUUGAAUCCGAAGUUCGAAUGUAUGUUUAUGAAGAGAUUGUUGAUGGUAGAAAAUUAAGUGAAAUUAUCAAUGAACAACAUGAGAAUGUUAAAUAUUUACCUGGUCAAAAAUUGCCUGAAAAUAUUAUUGCUGAUCCAGACCUUGAACAUACGGUUGGUGAUGCUGAUAUACUUGUGUUUGUUGUACCACAUGCCUUUGUAUUACGAAUUUGUAAUACACUAAAGGGUAAAAUUAAUCCAAAUGCAAUAGCUAUCUCGUUGAUUAAGGGUUUUAAUGAACUGCCAUCCGGUGGUAUUGAGCUUAUAUCCGAUGUAAUACGUCAUACAUUAUGUAUUGAUACAUCUGUAUUGAUGGGAGCAAAUCUAGCAAAUGAAGUGGCUGAACAGAAAUUCUGUGAAACAACUAUUGGUUGUAAAUGUCCACAUCAAGGUGCCAUACUAAAGGAUUUAUUUCAAACGGAUGAUUUUCGUGUAACGGUUGUACCGGAUCGAUAUACAGUGGAAAUUUGUGGUGCAUUAAAGAAUGUUGUUGCAUGUGCUGCCGGUUUUUCUGAUGGCCUAGGUUAUGGUGACAAUACUAAAGCGGCUGUCAUACGAAUCGGUUUGAAAGAGAUGAUUCGUUUCUGUAAAACAUUCUAUGCCGAUGGAUUGCAAGUGUCAACAUUUUUUGAAUCAUGUGGUGUUGCCGAUUUAAUUACCACCUGUUAUGGUGGUCGUAAUCGUCGUGUUUCCGAAGCAUUUGUUAAAACUGGUAAAACAAUUGAAGAACUUGAAACUGAAAUGCUCAAUGGACAAAAAUUACAAGGUUAUCAAACAUGUGAAGAAGUUGUCAAUAUGCUCAAUCUUAAUGGUUACAUUGAUCGUUUUCCUUUAUUCCAUGCUGUAAACCUGAUCUAUAAACGUGAAAUACCUGCAGAAAAAUUGGUUGAAUUUCUACGCAGAGAACCUGAUGAAGAUGAUUGAAUUAUUUUUUUUUACUUCAAA